CGAGCGGGAGGGGGCGGAGCCGCACCGCCCCCGCCCCCUCCCGGCGCGGUCUCUUCACGGCGGCGGCGGCGGCUCCAUUUUCUCCCGCUCCCGCGGCCCCGCAGCGCCCGGCUCGCCUCAGCCCCGGCCGGCGGAGAGAGACCUGAGAGACGUCCCCCCGCACCCCACUCAUCCCUUCCCUGCGCCGCCAUGAAUGAGGAGUACGACGUGAUCGUGCUGGGCACCGGCCUCACGGAAUGCAUCCUCUCCGGGAUCAUGUCAGUGAACGGAAAGAAAGUCCUUCACAUGGAUCGUAACUCUUACUACGGAGGGGAAAGUGCAUCCAUUACACCCCUGGAGGAUCUCUACAAAAGGUUUAAUCUACCAGGAACUCCACCAGAAUCUAUGGGGCGAGGAAGAGACUGGAACGUGGACCUAAUUCCAAAAUUCCUUAUGGCUAACGGUCAGUUGGUAAAGAUGCUGCUCUACACAGAAGUCACUCGCUACUUAGACUUCAAGGUGAUCGAGGGGAGCUUCGUCUACAAGGGAGGAAAGAUCUACAAAGUUCCUUCCACUGAGGCAGAAGCCUUGGCAUCCAGCUUAAUGGGCUUGUUUGAGAAACGCCGGUUCAGGAAAUUCCUAGUGUACGUUGCCAACUUUGAUGAGAACGACCCCCGGACUUUCGAAGGCGUUGAUCCCAAGAAGACCACCAUGCGUGAUGUGUAUAAGAAGUUUGACCUGGGGCAAGAUGUUAUAGACUUCACGGGCCAUGCCCUCGCGCUCUACAGGACUGACGACUAUCUAGAUCAACCAUGCCAAGAAACAAUCAACAGGAUUAAGCUGUACAGCGAGUCGCUGGCUAGAUACGGUAAAAGCCCGUACCUUUAUCCCCUCUAUGGCCUUGGAGAGCUGCCCCAGGGAUUUGCAAGGCUAAGCGCUAUAUACGGAGGCACCUACAUGCUGAACAAGCCCAUUGAAGAGAUCGUGAUAGAAAAUGGCAAAGUGGUUGGUGUGAAGUCUGAAGGGGAGGUUGCUCGCUGCAAACAGCUCAUCUGUGACCCCAGCUACGUCUCGGACCGCGUAACGAAGGUCGGCCAAGUGAUUCGGGUAAUCUGCAUCUUGAGCCACCCGAUCAAGAAUACAAAUGAUGCCAACUCGUGCCAGAUCAUCAUUCCACAGAAUCAGGUCAACCGAAAAUCAGAUAUCUACGUCUGCAUGAUCUCCUCUGCGCACAACGUGGCAGCGCAGGGGAAGUACAUCGCCAUUGCCAGCACUACUGUGGAAACCGCGGACCCAGAGAAGGAAAUCAAGCCAGCCUUGGACCUCUUGGAGCCCAUUGAGCAGAAGUUCGUUAGCAUCAGUGACCUGUUCGCACCGACCGACUUGGGAACCGAAAGCCAGAUCUUCAUUUCUCGCACCUAUGAUGCCACCACUCACUUUGAGACGACGUGCGAUGACAUCAAAGAUAUUUAUAAGAGGAUGAUGGGAUCAGAGUUUGACUUCGAAGAGAUGAAACGCAAGAAAAAUGAUAUCUAUGGGGAGGAGGAGCAGCAGUAAUGAGAAUAAUUAGGAGAAAUUUAAAUCGGCUAAUAUGAAUAUAUAAGGAACUUAAUGAACACUGUAUGAAAUUCAAUAUUGUAAGGCCUGCUUUUGUAAUCCCAUCUCUGAGAGAUUGAAGAGUACUGCACUGGUAAUGUUCCCCUUUUGGAUAUCAUGUGUUAAUUAUUUCAUUCUAGUAGGGCUGCUGUCCAGAAUCUGGCAAAUUACUGACUGAUUUAACGACUAACCUCGUAAGCGAAAGGCAGACUGAACCUUUUUUUUUUUUUUUUGCAGACGUAGAUGUUGGUGCAGAUUUGAAAUAACUCAUUGACAGCUGUGUCUUACCUUGUCUUUUUAAUCAUUUGUAAACAUCCUUCACAAUUAUGUGCUUCUGGUGAGCUAGUAGAUGUGACGGUUGUCACUCAAACCUGAUAUCAAGGAAAAUAGAAACUGAGCACUCCAUUAUUGUGGACAGCAUCCCUAAAGUCUCUUCCCAUCAAUCUAACUCUGUGGCAAGUUGUAUUAUGGACAAAGCCCACAUCUAUUGUAGCAGCAAAUGUUGGCUUAGUUCUGGGCACAGAACUUAACCUCCACUUAAGCUUCUAAAACUGUUUACAUCGGUUGGGACACAGCUGUGCCUAAGGCUCCUUUGUGUUUUAAUCUUAAUAAAAUUGAGAGAACAAAUUACAGAGCAGGCAAGAUGUGGAAGUAUUUUUCUGUACCCUGGUGGCUUCUCGGAUGGACCAAACAGCGCUGCGGUAUCGAUAUGACAGAGCCUGUGCUUCUCGUGUCUCCUGAAGGCUCCAAAUGAUUUCUGUACUGCGAAGUAAAGCCAAAUUCUGGAAACCA